AUGUGGACCCGGGACAUGGCUCUGAUGCUUCUGCUCGCCUGCUGCCUCCGGUCAGCCGAGGCUCAGAGCGAGAGGAGGCAAAACAUCUGGGACGAUCCCAUCACGUUCAAAACCCAGGCCCAGGACUCGUGCACCAUGUCAAUCACGGGCCAAGGGGAAUUCACCAGGCUGAGGCUCUCGUGCCAGAGCAGCAAGCGCUCCUACUGGUGCGAAUACGUGGGCAGGCCUUACACCUGCGGCCCUUACAACAAAAACCCUCGCCACUACUUCGUCCAGAUGAUGUGGGGCCUCAGGAAGCUCCACAACGCCUGCCUGGCUCCGAGGCAGAUCACACCUCACAUGUGCAGGAAGGCGACCGAAGAGUCUCAAAUGGUCUUCUCGUCCGCUUCCUUCCCCCGGUCGAGGCCGGAGGCUUCGGCGAGGACAAGGCCGGCGCCGCAGCCCGGCGGGCCUCGGCCUCCUUGGCCAACCGCACCCACGAGGCCCGGUUCGCAGCAAAGCGUUCGUGUGCCGCCGCGAGCGACGCCCACGGCGAGAGCCGGUCCGCCGCCAUCGACGAGCCCCACGGAGAGCAAUGCCAAGAGGGUGGCGCAGCGGUACUGCUGGAGGUCACUCCAGGGCAUCUGCUCCUACUUCAUCGGUUUGGUGGGGCAAUAA